GCCCUGUCCCCGUCCUCUUUUCUUUUUCAGAGAUCUAGAUCAACAUACAAUAGACCCUAUCUUGCACCGUUUGUCCGUCAUAACCCCCGCUAUAUUUGUCGGGACCAUUCCUCCGUGCAGCUAGGCCUUGAUCAGACCUCGCCACUCUGGCCACCCCGCGUUUGCCAUGUCGUUCUCCUCGUCCCCGCCACCGUUGGCCUGGGUCCCGGCGUGGCUGCCCUGGGCGAUCGCGGCCGCCGUCGGCUACCAUCUGCUGGUGCGCACGCUACACCACCUCCACGCCCGCCGCAUGCGGGCGCGGUACCCGUACGGGCCGGGCCAGGAGCUGCCCUACUCGGCCAUGACGGACCGCGACGCGCAGGAGCUCGUGGCGCUCGUGCAGCAGUACGAGUUCCCCUCGGUCGCCGAGCUGGCCCUGCAGUCGGCGCUGGUGCGCACCUACGGCGUGCCAUCCAUCUCGGCGCUGCUGUUGUGCACGCGGCAGCUUUCGACCCGCGCCCAGGUCGCGCGCCGCUACGCCGACACGGCCGCGCUGGUGAGCGAGAUCUACACGAACGAGGCCGGGUCGCGCCGCCUGGCCGAGUCGUACGCGCGCCUCAACUACCUGCACGGCGUCUACAUUAAGGCCGGGCGCAUCACAAACGACUACAUGCUCUACGUCCUAGCCCUCUUCAUGAACCAGCCCGUCGACCACAUCGACCGCCUCGACUGGCGGCCCGUCUCGGACCUCGAGCGCUGCGCCUACGGCGCCUUCCACCGCACCAUGGCCGCGUCCAUGAACAUUGACCUCUCCCCGCUGCCGUCCGCCACCGCCGGCUGGCGCGACGGCCUGCACUUUUACGACGAGCUGGACGGCUGGGCGCGCGCGUACGAGGAGCGCAACAUGGUGCCGCACGACGACAACCUCGCCGUGGCCGCCCACACGCGCGAGCUGUACCUGCGCGACUUCCCCCCCUUUCUGCGCGGGCUAGGCGCGAACCUGCUCGCCGCGUCCAUGGACGAGCGCUUCCGUACCGCCAUCAAGUUCGACCGGCCCUCGGCGGCCCACUACUCCAUCGUCGCCGCCGUCUUCGCGGCCAAGCGGUUCGUGUGCCGCCACCUGCUGCCGCCGCGCCGGACGGCGUACCUGUACCACGCGCGCCUGGCCUCGCACGGCGACGUGCGCGCAGACGGGACCAGGGGGUUCGUGACGUGGACCGGCAGCCCCUAUUAUGUGCGGCCGACGCUGUGGAACCGCUGGGGCCCGUACGCGUGGCUGGCCUGGUCCGUCGGCGUGCCGCUGCCCGGCGACGAGGGCAUGAUGCCCGAGGGGUACACGCUCAAGGACGUCGGGCCGGACCAGUUCAGGGGCAAGGGGUGGGACGAGGCCGAGAGGACGGCGCAGGAGCUGGUGGAGGCGAGGUCCCCGGGGCGGUGUCCGUUUGCAUGAGGGGCCCCCUUGCUCGAGGGGCAUUCUCCACCACGCAUUGUGUCCCCGUUGGAAUGGAGUAAUUAUACGGCUCCGUAUUUCCCGCUUUCAGGAUGCUAUCGCCUCUCUUGAAUACAAUCUCGAAUAUCAAAAUACAAUGCCAUCGAACUUCUGUAAAAGAAACACUCUCCUGAGUCGUCGCCGUCAUGACUUAGUCCCGCCAUCCGCCGCACUCCACGCUCCUGACAGCCACUCCUCACAGCACGCGCAGCCGAGGCUCUUCC